CUCGUUUUGCAUCGGCCAAAGGAAGAAAAAAAUUCUUCCGCGAACCAACGUAGCCACACCAAAUUCCAUCGAUUUAUCGCCACUACUUCGCAUUCCACCUGCGAGCAGGACACGCGAAACGGGCUAACACCUCUCUUUCGCCUUCAGUACCACUCUAACUGGCCAACAACAGCGAUCAGUACCUGUUAGACGGUACCCAACGAAAGAACCAAAGCGUUGCUACGCAACGAUCGAAAACAGGAGAGCAGCCGGUCUACGCUGCUAACGUCACAGAAAAAUAUUCACCUAGAGCCCGAAGGUACGAAUACCGAUAGACCGGUCAUCUUCAGUCUUCAGUGGACAAGUGAUCUUUGAGACGCUUGGGUCGAACCUGGACUGAUGAAGUGCGUUAGGUUGAGACGAAUGACAUAUUAAGUGCACGCCUAUGAUGAUCCAUGGGUAAAUUUGAGGAUUAUUGUGUAGUUGAAUGCAGAAAAGUGGAGAAAUGAGUGCAGGAGAGUAGUGGUAAAGUGCUUAUAAUAGGGUGUUUCUUUUAAAAUUUGCUUGGAAAAAUAUUUUGGUUAUGAAGGAGAGAUCCGCCCUGAGCCUGCUGAUACCAGCGGUUCUGAUCUCGCUAACGGCCGCCCAAUGUCCCUGGCAACGAGAAGUUCCAGAACUACUCUCAGCCUGUUUAUGCUCCUACAACUUGGGACACGAACUAUCCGUGCAAUGUGAUAUCGUCGACUUUCGAGUGCUUUUGAGCGCUCUCAACAAAUACGCUACCGCGACACCUCUGGACCUCCUUUACAUCAAUAACUCUACGAUAAAUGCAAUCGGUGAUAAUACUUUUGUUAAAUUAAAAGUUCAAAGUAUGCAACUUUCGGGGUGUAAAAUAAAACAAGUUAGUGACGGUGCUUUCGUUGGACAAGAAUCGAAUUUGAGAAACCUGAAUUUACAAGACAACGAAUUAACAGAAGUGCCUGUGAAUAGUUUAAAAAAUCUAAAAAGUUUGAGUUUGCUAGAUCUAUCGCAUAAUAAGAUAAGUGUGGUGCCUUCCGGAGCAUUUGAAACUCUUCAAAAAUUGGCUACGUUAAAAUUGUCUGAUAAUAACGUGACUAUACAUGAUGGUGCUUUAAAAGGAUUAGAAGGAUCCUUAAAGAAUCUGAAUUUAAAAGGAACAAGACAAAAAGACGUACCUAAAGCAGUACAAGGAAUGAGGACGUUAGCAUUUCUAGAUUUAUCGCAGAAUCUUCUAAGGGAACUACCAGGUACCAGUGGAGAUAAAUCUUUCGAAGGACUUUCUUCUUUAACGGCUCUGAAUCUGGAACGAAACCUUAUCCAAACAUUACAAGAAAAUUCUUUUUACGGAAUAAGAAGAACUUUGAGCUCUUUAAGCCUCCUGAACAAUCUACUGCCCGAUUUUCCUACGACAGCUCUAAGUGCUCUAAAAGAACUAAGAGUUUUGGAUAUAGGUUUUAAUUUGCUUACGGAAUUGCCUGAAAAUGCAUUCAGAGGAAAUCCUUCGAUUACUUUGUUAGCACUUGAUGGUAAUCCUUUGGCUACGAUACCGUUUGAGGCGCUGUCGCACCUUAACAAUACAUUGAGGGGAUUAAGUCUCGGUGGGAGGUUCCUACAUUGUGACUGUCGAUUAGCUUGGGUCAUAAACUGGAUUCGCCAUGGUGAUCUCCAAGUGACGAGCAGAGAGCGAAAUCCACAAUUCUGCGGCAGCCCUCCAAGGUUCCGUGAUAGAGGCUUCUACAGCAUCCAGCCAGAAGAACUCUCCUGCUCCGCUAAAGAUCGAUCCACCACAACCACCACCACUAUUAGCCCCACCAUACAAGUCAAGAAAAAUCCUGAAGAAACCAAACAAAAAGAAUCAGUAGGAGUAGCGACUGUAGUCAGCGCAGACUUAGACGAUUUGGUACAAGCUAAUCCAGACUUAUUAACCUCGACUUCUUCUACAACCAAACUACCUGCAAGAACGACUACUGUAAUUAGUACGUCAUCUUCAUCUACAACUAGCAAAGUGACCACGGCAUCAUCAACUACUUCUAAAACUACAACGAGUUCUAAGUUGAAAGCAGCAGCAGCAGCUGCUGCACCAGUUUGGAAGACUACACAAAAACCUCCGGUUGUAUUAGCCUAUCCUGGAGCUAGGGGCAAAGCUGAUGAGAGCAAAGAAGUGAUUGUUAAGAACGCUUUCAGGCAAGACAAUGCUGUAAUCAUACAGUGGGGAUCCGAGACAGCAAAUAUACUCGGAUUUAGAGUAGUAUACAGGCUAUUUGGCGAUAAGAGUUUUAAACAAGGUCCUCCUUUAGAAGCUAGCGAAAGGGAGUUCAAAAUCAAAAAUGUUCCGUCACAGGAAUGCAUCAUAGUUUGCGUCAUAUCCCUAGAAGAGAUCAACGUCUCCCCAGACACAGUACCCUAUUCUCAAUGCAGAGAAGUCCGGACAGUAUCUUCAGCUUCUUCCAACAUGGACAAAAUCACGAUAGCGGCCAGCGCCGCAAUCUGCGGUACCAUCGUCGUAGCCGUAAUCGUCUUCAUAGCCGCCUCCAGGAGACGGUCUAGGAAGCUUCGCGAGCUACACCAACAGAAGAUGGGAAUGAAACACGGUAUACCAAUAGCCGGGUUGCCGGUCAACUGUUGCAAUGGAAUGCCCGCAAGCCCCGGUGAACCGUUGUCGUCGUUAGCAACCCUCAAUGCUUUCAACACGUCAAAGGAAUGGGAUCAAGUUUCCGCUUACAGUGCCCAUAGCCAGAGACCCAGAAUGUAUACCGUAGAUCAACCGCCUUCUCUAGAUGACAUGAGGUCUCAUUUUGGACCGAAAGGACAUAAAAGGUCGAACGCUGACGGCCAAUCGCAAAACAGUUUUUCCAAUCAUUCAGGCAGAUACCUAACGGCAAACGCUUUUCCAAACAAUCUUUUGGCUUCUAGACAAGAUCUCCGGCAAUCGCGUCAAUCGUUAGCUAUGCAAUCGGACAGAAUGUCAUCAAGAAUUCCGCAUCACAUCGCAGCUGCGCACUCUGUGGUGUCGUCCAGCAGACGUUCUAGGCCUAGAUCCAGGUCACGGGACCACAACAGGCCUAGCAGCCGCUAUAGCAAUGCGGGGUCGACUCACACUUUGAAUAACUACUGUGAUAACUCCGACAACUGGACUGAUCACGACAUGGAUAUUUACAUGGCAAGAAAUCCCACCACGAGGAAUGGUUUGGUGCCGUUGUGAGAAGAUUCGACUGAGAAUAGAGUAUAUAAUUUAUAUAACGGCUACUUUGUGUGACGCAAAUUAAAUAAAUUUAAAGAUCCGUUGUGAAGACACUGUUAUUUGCUAUUUUUUUAAAAAAUUGUUAUUUUUGUUUAUCUGAUUCGAAAUGUAUGCCUAAAAAUUUUGUUUCUUCUUAAACCUGCGUAAAAUAGAGGCAUAUCUAGGGGUUUGUAAAUUAGCACUCGAAUCUGGGCCAGUUUGUAUUUUUUAAUAUAAAUUACUUGACCUUUGGCAUUAAAUGAAUACAUGUACAAAUAGUGACGAAACAAAGGCUUCAAUAUUAUCUUUAAAAAAUAGGAAUUCAACUUUGAUACUCUCUAACUUUAACAGCUGUUAAAUUUAAAAAAAAAUUGUUCGCAGAAUGUUUCUACAUUUUUUAUGAAUAUUUUCUGAAAUUUUGAAGUACAUAUUUUCAGUUAAAUCAGUUUUUAGCAGAAAAAACUAUCAUAAAUCCACAAAAUAGUUGUUUUAUAAAAUAGUAGUCGGAUAAAAUUCUUUUAGAAUAGA